AUGAUGAGACGCCAAGUUGGAAUUUUCCAUGAUGUUUUAAUGGAGGGCGACAAAAACAAAGAUAUAUGGCUUGACAGACAAAUAUUGGUAAAGGCUAUAAAAGGCACAUUCAUAAAUUUCAUGAGUAAAGGAGAUUCAGGAUGUGCAUGGUUCGAUAUUGAUGGGAAUGUCUUAGCAUUAGGAUCGACAACGUGCAUGCAGGAGGUCAAGUUAGCACCGCGUCGCGGGUCAAGUCCGAUACUUUUGCCUAUGGGACACAUCGCACACUCAUUGUACAACUAUUUAAAUAAGGAAUGUCUACAAGUGGCAAGAGUGGUGGUUUUACAUAUGAUUUAUCCCCAUUUCUCAAUCGUUAAUCAUACACCUUACUCUGAAGAAGAGAAGAAUCAUAUCUAUGAAUGGGCAAGUAAAUAUCAAGAAAAUGGUAAUAUUCAAUGGAAGCUUUUACAAGUUAAGUUGGAAACGAAAUUUGGUAAAUUUCGCGCGAGAAAUGAACUCAAAAACAUUUGGAACGUUAAAAAAGACAACUUGAGGCUAAAAGUAGCAAUCUUAAAAAGGAAGAUGAUAAAAAUGAAGGUGAAUGUGAAUGUGAGGAUGAACUUAAAUAUGAUAAAACCGAUGUUGAAUAUGUAA